UACAUGUACAUAUUGUACUUAAUUUUAUUUUUUCAGUGUUUUAUAGUGCUGGUUUGAAACACUUGAUUUUACUAUUUGCAACGUACGGGUCUGGCCUUAUACAACGUGAAUGCGGUUGUAUAAAUUGUUUACAGACAAAUAUACCAUACGUCAAACCUGCUCGUUUGAAAUACAAAUUUUCAGAAUUAGUAGUAAGAUUGAACAAACAUCCAACUAGGUUGGUUAUUUAUGACCUAACUAAAUGCACAUGCACUUUUUGAUUAUUUGCAACAUAAAUCAGCAGCUAAGUGCUAACUCGGGGGUGUUCGUGAGUGUGUGUAAUGUGUAGCCAUGUAUGAAGCCCUCUUUAGAAAUAAGUUCACAAAUGAACUUUUGUUGUACAUUUACUUGUUAGUUUUGCUUUUAAUUUCACCAUUUUGUUUCAUUUGGGAACUCAUUCACACCCUCCGAUCAUGUUUCCGAUGUGAUGAAAACAUCUCUGGAAAAGUUGUUUUGAUUACAGGUGCUUCAUCCGGAAUUGGAGAGCAACUGACAUAUGAAUAUGCAAGAAGAGGUGCACGUCUGGCCAUUGUAUCAACAAAUAAACCAGAGAGUCCUCUCAAGAAAGUAGCAGAUAAAGCUCGUCUACUCGGCUCUCCUGAUGUUCUUUUCAUGUUUGCUGAUGUUUCGAAGGUCGAUGAGUGUAGGAUGUUCAUAGAUGGCACCAUUAAACAUUUUGGUCACUUAGAUCAUCUCGUUUGUAAUGCUGGAAUCGGACCUGUUUAUUCAACGGACAUGGAUGUCACUAAAUUCGGACCUGUUAUGGACGUAAACUUCUGGGGAUCAGUUUAUCCAACACAUUUCGCCAUACCACACCUCAAGAAAACCAACGGAAAGAUCAUUGUCAAUUCUUCAUGUGCUGGAGUGUGCAACCCACCAAGACAUGGUGUCUACAACGCAAGUAAAGCAGCCCUCAUUAGCUUCUACGAGUCCCUUGGACAUGAAUUGUUUCCAACAAUAACAGUAACCAUCUUGACACUUGGGUUCAUACGAACAAGGUUCAUAACAGCCAAGUAUUCCAUGAAUGGUAUUGGUGUUCAAUACAGAAAAGAUUUGGGAGAUGUGCUUUUAGCAAUGGAGGCUGAACCAUGUGCUAAAGCCAUUGUCGAUGGAGUUUGCAAAGGAGCAACGUCCAUUACUGAACCAAGGUUUAUAAAAGGUUUCUUUUUGAUCAAGUACUUGUUCCCACAACUUCAUCGACUCUACCUGUGUACUUUUUCCCACAAAAUCCUGAAGCUUUAAAAGGGACAGAUCAACCCUUUGCAAGACGGUUAAUGUUACAAGUGUAUUUUGAAUUUAAUUAGUUUGUGAUUGUGUGAUUUCUGUCCUCAUUUCCAAAAAAUACUUGAAAUAUUAUGUCUAUCCAUUGUCUGACGGUACUAGUUAGUGUUUCACUAUAUUUGUUCAAAACAUAUUGUGAUAAAGUAUGACCUCAAUUUUAGUUGAUUA